GCAUUACAAAAAAAUAUCAAGUUUGUAAUCAUACAGAAUAAAUAUGCCACCACAAAAAAAAUGUAUAAACUACCACUGUCUUCUACUUACGACAACCGGCAAGUUAGUAGGUGGACCCGUUUGCGAUGGCAGAAUAUUUUAUCACAUUCUAGUCCUAAUCAAACUCAACGUUUCCUACCCGGCUACGGGAUGUCAAAAGCUUGUUGAAGUAGCUGAUGAACACAAAUUGAGAAUUUUCUAUGAAAAACGAAUGGGUGCAGAAGUAGAAGCUGACUUGCUGGGAGAUGAAUGGAAAGGUUAUGUAGUUCGUAUUGCCGGAGGAAACGACAAGCAAGGGUUUCCCAUGAAGCAAGGCGUUUUGACAAACGGUCGUGUUCGAUUAUUAUUAUCAAAAGGGCACUCGUGUUAUAGACCACGUCGUGAUGGAGAACGUAAACGAAAAUCUGUUCGUGGUUGCAUCGUAGAUGCUAAUUUGUCAGUUUUGGCUCUUGUAAUCGUUAAAAAGGGAGAACAAGAUAUUCCUGGAUUGACUGAUAUUAAUAUUCCUCGACGAUUAGGGCCUAAGAGAGCCAGUAAAAUUCGAAAGCUUUUCAACCUAACGAAGCAAGAUGACGUUCGUCGAUUUGUAGUCAAACGACCUAUUCAAAAAGAAGGCAAAAAAGAACGUUUCAAGGCGCCAAAAAUUCAACGACUCAUCACCCCUCUGACUUUGCAACGCAAGAGACAUCGAGUUGCUCUAAAGAAACGACGUUCAGUAGCUCGCAAGGAACAAGCUGCAGAAUACGCAAAAUUGUCAGCUCAAAGACAAAAAGAAGCUAAGGCUAAGCGACAAGAAGAAUUAAAAAGAAGACGUACAGCAUCUAUACGUGAUUCUAAAUCUUCAAAUCAAUCAGCUCCAAUCACACUUAAAUAAUCAGACAUUUAUGAGAAUUAUUAUGUCUUUUCCAAAUAAAUAAAUGCAUUUCAACAAUA